AUGAGCCACCGCUACGAGAGGAUCGACCAUGCCGACGACGAGGAUCUCGACGUGCACGGCGUGAUAGCUCCUCCCACAAACACGAGCGCACCCAUCACCUCCUCACCGCCAGCAGCAUCGAUCAUGAGCUCUCCGCCCGCCUACUCGCGCCCCGUCUCGCCCGCCAUCGCGCAGCACAAUCCGGAUCUGGCCGACUCGUUCGACGCCCCCAGCGACGACGAGGACGAUGACGCCGACCACGACAUGAGAAACCAUAACCGCUCCGCCAGUAAUGCGAAUUUUCAGGAGUCGCAGCCGCUCGUGCCGUCGUCCGCGGCGACCGCGGCGACGAACACAAUGAGGCCGGUGUAUAAUGUUGCGGCGCCGUCCGGGAGGAGGGUCGGUGGGGGCCAGACCGAUGGUGUUUUUGCGAAUUUGAGCGCGAAGCCGACCGUCGGUGAGAAGUUGGAGGAACAUCCGCCGACGUACGAGCAGGCUGCGGCUGACGCUACACCUCCUUACUGGGAGACGACGAUCCUCACCCCUGGAAUGGCCAGCGACGAGGUGUUCAUCGAUGGGCUACCGGUCGGCUCGGUUUUCGCGUUCGUCUGGAAUUGUUUGAUCUCCAUGUCGUUCCAGCUCGUCGGUUUCCUCCUCACCUACCUCCUGCACACGACGCACGCAGCCAAGAACGGAUCCCGCGCUGGGCUCGGAAUCACACUAGUUCAGUUUGGCUUCAUGAUGCGCGGACGUUCGGACGAUGGCGAUGCGACCACUGGCUCUCCGCCGCCCGAAACCUCGCCGGGGGACCCGAACGCCUACAAUUUCCAGGGAGCGACGGACUCGGCGACGGAUCCGGCGGGGGCAGAUACAAGCUUGGGGCGGAAUGAGUGGCUGAGUUAUGUGCUGAUGGUCGUCGGUUGGUUCAUUCUGAUCCGUGCGGUCGGUGACUUCUUGAGAGCUCGCCGUAUGGAGCAGUUGGUGCUGGCGAGUCCCGAUCGUGGCCUUGGUGUCGCGGUCGUCGCGGAGAAUGAGCAGCCCGAGAGGGCGGUAUAA